GUGGAUGUGCAUAUUUAAAUGGCGUGUGUUGUGUCGAAAAACUAGCGUGAAAAGAAUGCCUAAUGAAUGAAUAAAUGCAAAUUCAUACCAUAUAAAACAUUACGUGUGCAAGUGCUACCAGAAAUCAGAUAUUACAGGCACUACGUCUGUGGUGUUACGUUACAUCUAACCCCUAUCAAUAGUAGUUACUCGAAGCCAUAGUUAUUAUGGAUUUUGUUCAAGUGUCGGAGGAGGAGGGUGACGAGCCCAUCGAGCUGCCGGCUGAGGAAGAUGGCACAUUACUUCUGUCGACCCUGCAGGCACAGUUUCCAGGCUCCUGCGGCCUCAAGUAUCGCAACAUGGACACCAAAGCCGUGCGAGGCGUACGGUCAAACGAGGGCCGACUAUUUCCGCCAAGUGUCGAUUCCGGGUGGGGAGAAUACAUUUAUUUUUGUGUGUUCCCCAAAGAAAAUAAACGCAAAAGCGACGACAAUUUAGAAAAUUCAACAGCCAAAACGAAACGCAUUGAAACGCGACUACGGUGCACUGACCUCAUUGUUCUGGGACUCCCGUGGAAAACAACUGAGGAUAGCUUGCGAGAAUACUUUGAGAGCUAUGGAGAAGUUCUAAUGGCGCAGAUAAAGAAGGACGUCAAGUCGGGACAGUCAAAAGGCUUUGGAUUCGUACGUUUCGGUUCGUACGACGCCCAGAUGCGCGUACUCUCUAAUCGUCACCUCAUCGAUGGGCGCUGGUGUGAGGUGAAAGUUCCAAAUUCAAAGGGGGUAGGUCACCAGGUGCCAUGCAAAGUCUUCGUUGGUCGCUGUACAGAGGACAUCAACUCAGAUGACUUGCGUGAAUAUUUUUCAAAGUUUGGAGAGGUUACCGAUGUGUUUAUACCCCGACCAUUUCGGGCAUUUAGCUUUGUCACAUUUUUCGAUCCGGAUGUAGCCCAAUCACUGUGUGGAGAGGAUCAUAUAAUUAAAGGUGUAUCAGUUCAUGUUUCGAAUGCCGCCCCUAAAGCCGAGCAGAGCAGAAGCCAUCAAGGACAGAACUACAACUACAGCUCUGGCAACAGCUAUGGCAUGCAUUCGUAUCAUCCUCAAGGAAACCACAUGUCAUCACAUCCUGGCCGAAGUGGGCAACACAGAGGUAAUAAUCAACACAAUGCACACGGUGGUGAGAACCCGAUUAUCGCCAAUAGUCACAGUCACAGUCACAGCAACAAUGCCAGUGGUGGUUACGGAAUGGGCGGACAUUACGGAAUGGGUGGCAAUGCGGGUGGGGGCUACCAUAAUAACAGUAGUAAUCACGCUAGUGGUGGGCACCGUCAGGAUGGUGGCGCUCCCUUCAAUAGAAACUUUCAUGGAAUGAACCAGCCCCACAAUGGAAACGUAGGCAGUGGCGGCUGGAUGAACAGGGGACCCUUGGACAUGCCUAACUUACAAGCAUUAGGCAUUAAUUCGCAAGGAUCGAGCUCGUCCAACCAAGGACAGAACAUGAACAACCCUUUGGGGGUCGGACUUAAUUUAAACUCAUUGCCGAUCAACCCUGCUUUGGUUGCUGCUGCGUUGAAUCAGUGGAGCCUUGUAGGCAAUCAGCUGCAAAAUCAAAACCAGGACCAGCAGGGUGGCAAUUUUUUAUCGUGGAUGUCUCAAAACGGCGGCCACAACGCCAACAACUAUGGCGGUCGAAAAGGAUCAAAUAACCCAAAUAAUCCAGGACCUGGUGGAAUGAUUAAAGCCGACAACUCUACUUGUAACGACCAACAGAAUGGCUGUGCACCUGGUAACGCUGGUUGGUCAAAUCAAAGCAGCUCCCAGAAUUCUGUGGAGAAAUCCAAUUUUCUUUGAGUAUAUUUACCAAUUAGGUUUGGUAACAACCAAUUAUUAUUUAAGAAGAAAUAUGACAUCCGCGCGCCGAAGUUUAUACACCCUUUGCGGUUCAACGACCCAUAAAUAAUGGUUUAUCUACUUAGAUCUGAAAAUCUGUUACCAUUGGAUUAUUUUCUUGUUUUGCCAGACCUACAUGGCUAAAUCCAUCAGGGUUGUUGUUUAGGGAAUGCUUCCUUCUGUGGGUUACCAAAUUGAAACACCCUGCAAGGGUGCAGUAUUUGUUUAAGCAAGCAUAUGCAAAAUGUGCACUAGAACUUUGAUAUAAUGUCGAAGAAAUAAAGAAUAAAUCGGUGUAAAUUACA